CAUGCGGUCACCAAUGAAUCGGGAGUGGUUAACUAGGUUGUUUGACUAGGUUGCUGCGAUGGUAAGUAUGGAAGUGUCGUCAUAUCAUGAAUCUACCGAAGCCUGACGGUUUUGAUUGUUCUAAUCUCCGGACGGGAACCAUUGGUGCGUCACCUGUUCCUCGUCCUCUUAUGCAUCGCCUCUUGAAUGAGCUGGACAUGACGCAGUACACAAGCAGCUAUAGUCUCACGGAAGCCUCCCCUACCUGCUUCAACCACGACAGACUCUAUCGAAGCCCGCCUAACAACGUCGUCCGGGGAACUUUGCGUGGCCGAGUAUCAGCUCUGUCAGGGGCAAAAAGCCAUCUAGUGAGGAACUCCGAGAUUGGACACACGAGGCUCUCGGGCGAUACAAGGCACCACAGUAUGUCUUUGAGUUUGGUAAAGGGGGAGUAAACCGGGAGAUUCCUGUCACUUGGUAAGAUACGAAAGGUUGAUCUUCGGAAGAUGGCUGCGAAGAUAUUAGAGAAAGGUCAGUGAUCAGUGGGUUUGUUUGUUUUGUCGAUUGAUCACCCUCUUGUAUGCUGCAUAUCUCACUUUCUGUUGUAAGCUAUACUGGAUAUUUGGCUGGGGUGUUUUCAUGCU